AUGGCGAUAUGGCCCUUUGGCCGCAAGAACAAGCGGCAUACCAUCCAAGUAGAUGGUGCCGAAGCCGCAGACCUCCAGGCGACGUUUGCUGAAGAACCGACAUUAGGCCGCAAACCUUCUCGUCAUGCCAAACGCCCGAGCAACCGCACACCCGCGGGUGAUGCCGCAGACAGCCGACGCAGCUCUGCGCUCGUGCAGGCGAACCGACCUAUCUCAUCCCUGGACCGCCCUGCCUCCCUCGCCGAUCACACGACCACGUCGCGCGAACGUCCACCCUCACGAUCCGCCUCCUUACUCAAGCGCAAACCGAGUCAAAAUGGCCCGAAUAAACUGCGCCGCAGGCUGAGCAAGCGCAAGGCCCAGGAAAUCAUGCGGGAACGGGAGAUUCGCAUGAUGUCGUCUAUCCCGAUCGAUAUCCCCCACCAUUCCGCCGACUAUGGGCUGGAACAUCGCCGGCAAAAGGCAAACGGAAGGCGUGCCGACCGGUUCAUGUCUGACAUCAGCCUCUCCAUCCGAGAUUCCGCGACCUCGUCCACGUCUGACAUGUCCGACCCUUACACGUACAAGGUCAAUGCCUUUGCCGCUCUGACGCCUCGCCCCGUUGUUCGCUAUGUGGAAGCACCGCGUCUGCAGACCGCUCGAAGUAGUAACCCGCCGGCCUCCCGUCGACAGGAUAGCGAGCGUCUGAAAGCGAUGACGAUGUCGGAGGAGGAUCUAUACUACUCGAAACGACGCGUCAACGAACUCGCGGAUUCUUUAGAUGCCGGUGCUCUCCGCGAAUUACUGGAUCGAGACCGCCGUCGCCGGGAGAAAAAGCAGCUGGACGACCAGGAGAAGCUGAGGCGGAAGCUGCAGGAGAGAGCCGAUGCGCAACAAGCAGCUGACGAACAGAAAGCCUCGGAGCCGGAAACGCAACCCGAGACAUCACAACCGGAGCCUGAACUCACCCAGCCAUCUGCCGUCGAAUCCCAGCCGACCCACGAGGUGAUUCCGGAAGAAAUGCAGGAGGAUAUCCGCGAGGACCCAUCAGUCGAACCGCCUGUGGCAGAGACCGGGUCCUGGUUACGGGGAGCUUCCAGAGCCAGCAUACGCACUGGACGCGACUCGCUGGACUCGCGAAUUAUCGGCACCAUCGAUGAUAGUUCCGUGCGGGAACAUAGGCUGGUUCAGCGCCCCAGCUUUGCCCCGUCGCACGACAUUACCAUGUCCCGCACUACUCUUUCGCCUUCUCACUCCUCUCUCCGCCAAGGGCUCAGCAGCCCAAGCCACUCACAAACCUUUGGAGCCGGCUCUACAUCGGAUAUCUCCAAGGGGGUCGACUCAGAACGCCGGCUCUCUGACACGAGCGGUCGCCGGGGGAAUACCAUCACCUCCCUAUUCCGACGGGGUUCUUCCCGUAUCAAACGACGAUACAAAGAACGCUUCCACGACACAUCCCCAGAAGUAUCCAACGCUUCUCAUGAAUCCUUCUACAAAAUUCAGACACAAUCAUCACCCCCUCCGCCCUCGAUCAUUCCCCCGAGGCUACUCGUUCCUACCAACCCUAUCAAGCGUUCUCAAUCCAAGUUCACCGAACACUUUGGGGACGAGCCCCUGUCACCACCCGACUCACGUCUCCAGUCACCAGACAUUCCCGAAGUGUCGGAGUCUAUCGAAAAUGAGGAGACGGUGUUACGAGGUCCUGCGCCUAGCGCCGCCGUGGACAUUCAAAACCCAAAGCGACGCCACCACCGGUCAUGGACUGCGGAAAGCUUUGAUGCCGAGUCCGACAAUGUGCCUCUUUCACAGUCUCUCGCCUCUAUUGAUUCCGAGGGAUCUUGGAUGUCAGGUCAAUUCUUCAAACGGAUGUCCCAGAAACCCAGCAGUCCUGUCCGGACCAACUUGAACUCCUUUGGGCCCACGGAGGAGGAUGACCCGGAGGAUGACCUCGAUUCCAUUGACGAAUCUCGCCGUCCCAGCAGCAAUGUCCUGGGUGACACAGAGUAUCCGAACGAGGCAACACCCGAGGCCAGCAAUCUUGCUGAGACUUGGCAUAACGAAGUUGGCCGUCGCCCCGUUCUUGUGAAUCCUGUUAUCCGGCCCAAGUCUACGCAGGGAAUGCUCCGAGGCAUACCUUGUCCUUCUCCCAUCUCGACGGAACAAGAUUAUACCAUGGAAGAGGCACCUCCUACCAAUCUGCAAAGAAUCCCCAGUGCCAAAGCUGAGAUUGGAUAUGCAGAGUAG